AGGCUUAAGUAUAAACAGAAGAGUGGUUAACAAAUUUUGAUUAUUUUUUUCCAUUUUUGGCGCCAUUUUAAAUAAGCUAAGACCAUCAACAACGGGGUAUUAUGACCAAUCCUUAAGCCAUAAUCCUUAGCUAUUAGGAAUAUAAUACUAAUAUUUAACGGCAAUAAGGUAAGGAGCAGUCCGUAGUUAAGGAUUAAAAUGAGUUGGUCCUUGUUGACAUGGCAUCGUCAAUUGGUUCUGUCGACUGAUGGGUUUCGCGUCUUCGUCUCAUUUCGACUCAACACGAGAAAAAAAGUGAGAUUGGACGAUAAGGCGAUUUUGCUGUCGAGGCUAAAGAAGGUUAAUCGAAGGUUAAGGAAACAUGAGACAAUACAGCUACAGCCAGCCUUCAUCAUCAGAGGAGUGUGAUAUAGAUUUAACUUCGCUUCUUCAAGCAGAAGCUGAUAUCUACGCGGAUGAAGCUGAGAGUAGCCACAAUAUAGUACAGCCGGUUCAGUACCCUCCUCAACCUGAGGCUGAUGAUGGAAUCCCCAAGAUCUGCUACUGUGGUGGUGAGCCUGUUGUUGCAACAACUUACACAAGCAAAGAUUCAGGGAGAAGGUACUUCACUUGUGAGAAUGCGGAUGAUGGAGACUGCCAUGUUUGGAAAUGGUGGGAUGUGGCGGUCAUGGAGGAGUUGGGUGACUAUCAGAGACAACUUAGGGAGCUUAAGGAUCAAGCUAAUGAGAGUGAGAAGCUGGUUAAGGUAGAGAAGACUGUGGGGGAGUUAGCUAAGAAGAAAUCUGGGAUUACAAAUGGCUGUCCAUUGGUUGUUUGUGUGAUGGUUACUGUAUUAUUUCUAAUAUGUAUGGUGGUCAUGUUCAAGUGGAUUGAAGAGAAGGACAACGUCCUAACAGAAAGCCUGGAAGAGCUUCAGAGGCUGAAAAUGCGAGUGUCUGACCUUUAGAAGGUUCAGUACAAGGUCACAGGUGCGAAUGAAGUCACGGGUCUGAACGAAGUCACGGGUGUUGUUUUCCAAGUCACAGACUGUUCUGUUUGUUUUCCAAGUCACAGAGUGUUGUUUUCCAAGUCACGGACUGUUCUGUUUCACUUCUAUAAAUGAAGCUGUUUUGUUGUUUUAGCUAUGUAUCUCCUUUGCUUUGUUUCCUUAGCUUUCUUUCCUCGUAUGAACUUGUAAUCUCUUCGUACGAGCUUGUAAUCUCUAGGUACUUGUUAUCUCGGCCUUUAA